AUGGCCCAGGUCCUGCACGUGCCGGCCCCCUUCCCAGGGACUCCUGGCCCAGCCUCCCCACCCACCUUCCCUGCCAAAGACCCCGACCCACCCUACUCCGUGGAGACGCCCUAUGGCUACCGCCUCGACCUGGACUUCCUCAAGUACGUGGACGACAUCGAGAAGGGGCACACUCUGCGGCGGGUGGCUGUGCAGCGCCGCCCCCGCCUCGGCUCUCUGCCUCGCGGCCCUGGAUCCUGGUGGACGUCCACCGAGUCCCUCUGCUCCAAUGCCAGUGGGGACAGCCGCCACUCGGCCUACUCCUACUGCGGCCGCGGCUUCUACCCGCAGUAUGGUGCUCUGGACUCCCGCACUGGCAUCAAUCCGCGUGUUGAGCGUACCCUGCUGGAUGCCCGCCGCCGCCUUGAGGACCAAGCGGCCGCACCCCCUGGCCUGGGCUCCCUGACGCCCAGUGCGGCUGGCUCAACCAGCUCAUUGGUGGGCGUGGGGCUGCCACCCCCAACACCACGGGGAUCAGGACUGUCCACGCCGGUGCCGCCCAGCGCGGGACACCUGGCGCAUGUGCGGGAGCAGAUGGCAGGUGCCCUGCGGAAGCUGCGGCAGCUGGAGGAGCAGGUGAAGCUGAUCCCUGUGCUCCAGGUGAAGCUGUCGGUGCUACAGGAGGAGAAGCGGCAGCUCACGGUGCAGCUCAAGAGCCAGAAAUUUCUGGGCCACCCUACAGGGGCCCGAGGCCGCAGCGAGCUCUGCCUAGACCUCCCUGAGCCCCCCGAGGACACGGCAGCACUCGAGACCCGGAGUGUGGGCACCUGGGUUCGAGAGCGGGACUUGGGCAUGCCCGAUGGGGAGGCGGCUCUCGCCGCCAAGGUUGCUGUGCUGGAGACACAGCUCAAAAAAGCACUACAGGAGCUGCAGGCAGCUCAGGUCCGGCCACCGCCAGACAGCCCAGUCCGCGCAGACACCGUCCGGGUGGUGGAGGGGCCGCGGGAGGUGGAGGUGGCGGCCAGCACAGCCGCUGGAGCCCCUGCGCAGCGGGCCCACAGUCUGGAGCCCUAUGGGACAGGGCUGCGGGCCCUGGCUACAUCCGGCAGGGCCGAGAGCCCCCCUGUGUUCCGCAGCCACGAGGUGGUGGAGACAGCCUUCCUAGCACCAACUGCGUCCACCAGCAACGUCCACAUGGUGAAGAAGAUCAGCAUCACGGAGCGCGGCUGUGAUGGGGCAGCAGGUCUCAGACAGGGUCCUGCAGAGUCGCCCUUAUCACCCCCUGAGUCCACAGUGGCCUCCCUGGCACAGCUAGGGAAGAAUGUAGGCGAGGUGCCCGCCCAUGAUGCCAGCGACAGGGAGCCUACCAGGCGAACAGCCCCAAGUGAAUCGGAGGAGGCUGGGGGUACAGGUGUGCCCCAGGCAGGCGUGCAGUCCAUCAUGAAGCGGAAAGAGGAGCUGACUGACCCGGCAGCCCACCGGAGGAGCCUCCAGUUCGUGGGGGUCAAUGGCGGGUAUGAGUCCUCGUCUGAGGAUUCCAGCACAACGGAGAACUUCUCAGACAACGAGAGCAUGAAGAGUGAGACUCCAGAGCCAGAGGAGAGGGUUCCCAGUGUGGCCAAAGCCCCCCAGCUCAGGCCCACGGAGACGGCAGUGGCCAAGACCAGCCAUCAGGAAUGCCGUCUGUCUCAGGAAUCCCAGCACGUGCCCACGGCUGAGGGGGCAUCAGGGUCAAAUGUAGAAGAGGAGAUCCGAAUGGAGCUAAGCCCAGACCUCAUCUCUGCCUGUCUGGCCCUGGAAAAGUACCUGGACAACCCCAAUGCCCUCACGGAGCGGGAGCUGAAAGUGGCCUACACCACGGUGCUGCAGGAAUGGCUACGCCUGGCUUGCCGCAGCGACGCACAGCCUGAGCUUGUGCGGCGCCACCUGGUCACGUUCCGGGCCAUGUCAGCGCGGCUGCUAGACUACGUGGUCAACAUCGCUGACAGCAAUGGCAACACUGCACUGCACUACUCUGUGUCUCACGCCAACUUCCCCGUGGUGCGGCAGCUGCUUGACAGUGGUGUCUGCCAGGUAGACAAGCAGAACCGUGCCGGCUACAGCCCCAUCAUGCUCACCGCCCUGGCUACUCUGAAGACCCAGGAUGACAUAGAGACAGUCCUGCAGCUCUUCCGGCUUGGAGACGUCAAUGCCAAAGCCAGCCAGGCGGGGCAGACAGCCCUGAUGCUGGCAGUCAGCCACGGGCGAGUGGACGUGGUCAAAGCCCUGCUGGCCUGCAAGGCGGAUGUCAAUGUGCAGGACGACGAUGGCUCCACGGCCCUGAUGUGCGCCUGUGAGCACGGCCACAAGGAGAUCACCAGGCUGCUGCUGGCAGAGCCUAGCUGCGACAUCGUGCUCACUGACCGCGACGGGAGCACAGCUUUGAUGGUGGCCUUGGAUGCAGGGCAGAGUGAGAUCGCGUCCAUGCUGUACUCCCGCAUGAACAUCAAGUGCUCGUUUGCCCCGAUGUCGGAUGACGAGAGUCCUGCAUCUUCCUCUGCAGAAGCGUAG